GGGUGGGGGGGCAGGCGAGCGAGCCCGAAGGGAAGCGCGGAGCCAUGUCGGGCCGGCCCAGGACCACCUCCUUUGCAGAGAGCUGCAAGCCGGUGCAGCAGCCGUCGGCCUUUGGCAGCAUGAAAGUUAGCCGAGAUAAAGAUGGCAGCAAAGUGACCACAGUGGUAGCAACUCCCGGACAAGGUCCAGACAGGCCUCAAGAAGUUAGUUACACAGACACCAAGGUGAUUGGAAAUGGUUCUUUUGGUGUCGUAUAUCAAGCCAAACUCUGCGAUUCAGGGGAGCUGGUUGCCAUUAAGAAAGUUCUGCAGGACAAGAGAUUUAAGAAUCGAGAGCUUCAAAUCAUGAGAAAGCUCGAUCACUGUAACAUUGUCAGAUUGCGUUAUUUCUUUUACUCCAGUGGAGAGAAGAAAGAUGAGGUAUAUCUUAAUUUGGUCCUGGACUAUGUUCCUGAAACAGUAUACAGAGUUGCCAGGCAUUAUAGUCGGGCCAAGCAGACACUCCCGAUGAUAUUUGUGAAGUUAUACAUGUAUCAACUAUUCCGAAGUUUAGCCUAUAUCCAUUCCUUUGGAAUAUGCCAUCGGGAUAUAAAACCACAGAACCUUUUGCUGGACCCCGACACAGCUGUCCUAAAACUUUGUGAUUUUGGAAGUGCAAAACAGCUGGUCCGUGGAGAGCCGAACGUCUCUUACAUCUGCUCUCGGUACUAUAGGGCGCCAGAGUUGAUCUUUGGAGCCACUGAUUAUACCUCCAGUAUAGAUGUUUGGUCAGCAGGCUGCGUACUGGCAGAACUAUUACUAGGACAACCAAUUUUCCCAGGGGACAGUGGUGUCGAUCAGCUGGUGGAAAUAAUCAAGGUCCUUGGAACCCCUACAAGAGAACAAAUUAGAGAAAUGAAUCCAAACUACACUGAAUUUAAAUUUCCUCAGAUUAAGGCACAUCCAUGGACUAAGGACUCGUCAGGAACAGGACAUUUCACCUCAGGAGUCCGGGUCUUCCGGCCCCGCACUCCACCAGAAGCAAUAGCGCUUUGUAGCCACCUGCUUGAAUAUACUCCCACUGCGCGUCUGACCCCGCUGGAAGCCUGUGCGCACUCUUUCUUCGAUGAAUUACGGGACCCAAACAUCAAACUACCGAGUGGGCGAGAGAAACCCGCACUCUUUAACUUCACCACUCAAGAACUGUCAAGUAAUCCAUCUUUGGCUUCAACCCUCAUACCUGCUCAUGCUCGGAAUCAAGCCGCUGCUUCCACCCCUACGAAUGCUCCAGCAGCCUCAGAUGCUAACGCAGGAGACCGAGUUCAGACCAAUAAUGUAGCUUCGGCGUCGGCCUCCAACUCCACCUGAACUGGUCACAAGCAACAACUUGUACAGAACAGUCGCCAGUAAUUUGAGUCUCGCUCAGCAACACUGGUCACAUUUGGAAAGAAAAUUAAAAAGAGGAGAAAAAAAACCCCAACCCUGUUCAUUAUAGUGUUCGAUUUUUUUAUUAUUGUUGUUCUUAUUUAACCUUGUAAAAUAUCUAUAAAUACAAACCAGUUUCAUUGUAUCCUCACUCUCUGCGGGCUCCUUGGGGCAGGGGGAUCGGUCGGGUGGGAAGAGGGGGAAGCGGAGCGAUCGACCACGCCGGUGUUCUCUUCCCAUGACAAUCUUUUCGUUUCAACAAUUGCUGUUUAUCUGCAUUCAGAAUCAGGAAUCGUGUUUCAUGCCUCCCCCCCCCCCAACAAGGAAAAAGAAGAAGGAAAAUCCUAAUUCUGCUGAAGCUCCUUUUUAAAGCCUUCUAUUUUUAAGUGAAGUUUCAACUUUUGGUGUAGUGCACAACUUGAAUUUGGUCAGGAGCUUAAGCAGGAACCACUUAUCUCGAAUACCGUAUGCAGGAGUCCUUAACUCGCUUUGGAUCUGGGUUGGAAGGGAAGGAAAGACGGGCAAGAGAGGUGCUAAAAAUAUGCUGGAUUGCCAAAGGGAAAGGGGGG